GGAUUCUGAGUCCUCUGACAAAAUAUAGUCAAAAAUACGAAAAUUUUAAUGUAAAAUGUUGUUAAAUUUUGUGUUAGUGGUUUCCUGAAAGCUUUCACCUGAAAGAGAGAAUCGAUACAUCUUUGCUACUAUCUCUCUCUACACUCUCUCUCUAGAGGAAGCGAUUUAUAAUGGAAAUUUGGUCGAAAAUUGGAGUCUUUGAGGGCUUUUUGAAGAUCUCGUGCGUGUUCUGGUGAAAGCUUGUGUUGUUAAACGGUUUAUUUCUUUCAUUCUGUUAUUAAAUGUUGUUGUAGUUACUGUUUUAAUCAGAUUCGUGAACUAUACAGCUAUUGUUGAGAAGAGUGGUAUUGGAAGAAGAAAAUCAUAGUAUGAUGUGAAUAAGUUGGUACUUGUGGGAUUUUUGUUGUGUUAGGAGAAAAACAAAACAAAAAAAAGUAAAAGAGAAGUUGGGAUUGUGUUCUUGAAAGUGUGAGUAAUGGAGCAAGGUUUGGAUUCAGAGUCUGUUCCUACAUCUGGGUCUUUCGAUAAGUCUAGGGUUUUGAAUGUUAAGCCAUUGCGAUGUCUUGUUCCGAUUUUCCCAUCUUCAUCUGGUGCACCUGCAUUUUCAUCUUCCCAAGCUGCCCCCUUUGUUUGUGUCCCCCCAACUGGUCCUUUCCCACCUGGGGUCGCUCCCUUUUACCCUUUUUUUGUUCCAAACGACUCUCAGAGGCCAGCUGAACAGGGCCCUCAAAAUCCAUUUGUUACCAAUCAUGCAGGUUCUUUUGGCUUUAACAACCCGGUUCAGUCACCUGUUCCCCUGAAUUCGUUUAGGACACCAACUCAGCAAGCCGGGGCAGCAAAUGGAGACAGGGGGACAUCGAGAAGGAGUCGUAUGGCAGGUACAAAUGUGGCCGAAGAUGGUAAUAGUGACUCUCAGGAUCAGAGUGACCAAUAUCUGAGUGGCUUCAGUAUGCAUGUUACUGAUGCAGAAGAUACCAGUGUGGCGGGGGCUCGGAAGGGUAAGUCCCGGGGGAGGACCCGAAGUGCCCAACAGGUUAAGUCACCCGUUUAUGAUGUUGACAUUGACACAGUAGUUAAUAAUUUCCUGGCAUCAUUCAAUCUUAUGGCAUUUGAUAUGCUGAAACAAGCUGAAGAUGACUGUGGGUUGGUUGGAUACGUUCUCAUGAUAUUUGAUUUGCUUCGAAGAAGGAUUUCCCAAAUUGAAGAUGCGAAGGAGGCAACUCCAGGUGCUACAAGACGCCCGGACUUGAGGGCCGGUGCAAUCUUUAUGAAAAAAGGGAUUCGGACUAAUGCGAACAAGAGGAUUGGAGCUGUACCUGGGGUUGAAGUUGGAGAUAUUUUCUUUUUCAGGAUGGAACUGUGCUUGGUGGGAUUGCAUGCUCCGAGUAUGGCUGGGAUAGAUUACAUGAGUGUCAGGAUUACUGGAGACGAAGAGCCCAUAGCUGUCAGCAUUGUUUCGUCUGUGGGAUAUGAGGACGAUGGGGACGAUGGGGAUGUGUUGAUUUACAGUGGCCAGGGUGGAAUUUUCCGGAAGAAUGAACAAAUAAUUGAUCAGAAACUUGAAAGGGGUAAUCUUGCUUUGGAGAAGAGCUUGCAUCGAGGUAAUGAGGUAAGAGUCAUUAGGGGUAUGAAGGAUGUGGCAAAUCCAACUGGGAAGGUAUAUGUUUAUGAUGGCCUUUACAAAAUCCAAGAGUCAUGGGUGGAGAAAGGAAAGACAGGUUGCAAUGUUUUCAAGUACAAAUUGGGUAGAUUACCUGGCCAGCCUGCAGUGUUUACAUUGUGGAAAUCAAUUCAGCAGUGGAAGGACGGUCUUACUUCAAGGACGGGGGUUAUCCUUCCAGACCUUACUUCGGGUGCAGAAAUUCAAGCUGUUUCUCUUGUAAAUGAUAUUGAUGAUGAGAAGGGUCCUGCUUAUUUCACAUAUUUUCCCAAUCUCAGGUAUUUGAAACCGUUUGAUUUACCCAAACCUUCUUUGAGCUGCACGUGCAAUGGAGGAUGUCACGCUGGUAAUCCCAACUGCCCUUGCGUUCAAAGAAAUGGAGGGUAUCUUCCUUACACUGCACUUGGGGUCCUUUUGGGUUACCUAUCCUUGGUACAUGAGUGUGGUUCUUCUUGUUCAUGCCCACCUAAUUGCCGGAAUCGAGUGACCCAGGCAGGUUUAAAAGUCCGUUUAGAAGUUUUCAAAACAAAGGAUAAAGGUUGGGGUCUAAGGUCUUGGGAUCCUAUUCGUGCAGGAUCUUUUAUUUGUGAAUAUGCAGGAGAAGUCAUUGAUAUAUCUAAGGCAGAGGAACUUGGAAGCGAAAAUGAAGAUAUAUAUAUUUUUGAUACUACUCGGACCUAUCAGCCCCUGGGAGGUAUGCCUGGUGAUAUUAACGGGUCUCCAAAAACCCCAUUUCCCCUUGUUAUAAGUGCGAAGAAUGGUGGGAAUGUAGCUCGUUUUAUGAACCAUAGUUGCUCUCCAAAUGUGUUCUGGCAGCCAGUUUUACGUGAAAGUAAUAAUGAAUGUUAUCUCCAUAUUGCAUUUUUUGCAAUCAGACACAUUCCUCCAAUGCAAGAGCUGACAUAUGACAAUGGGAUAGUUCAGAAUGACAAAGCAGACCAAAUGAGGAAAAAAUGCCUGUGUGGAUCGUUGAAGUGCAGAGGUUAUUUUUACUAAUUGCUAACUGACACCUUGGGAAAGGUUGAUGGUAAGAAAAAGCUGGUGAAAUGUGUGCCUCCUGUUCGUAGUCCGUUGCUUCAAACCGUAGUAUUCAGCAUUAAAGGAAUGCAAGAAAUCAGAUUUCUCUGCUUAUGACUGGCCGUUGCAUAUGGGUUCGCAGAAACUUGGUUUUGUGUAUGUAUGUGUAUUUGUGUUUUCAGCCAGUCAAUGUACUAAUAUUCUAAAGUUAUAAUAUGAAACUUGAUGCGGCAGGCUCUUAUUCUGUUU